AUGCGGCAUGCAGAGAGCUACGCUGCCACAGAGCCCAAUCCCUCGGGCUCGGGUCACACUCUCGACUACGACUCGGACGAUGAUGCCGCCGCCCAUGAGAUCGAGCAGGAUUCCGACUCGGAGAACGCCUCCUCGCAGCAAGCCCCAAACCACCCCGUCUCGAAUCUUACUGGCCACGCGCCCGACCCGCCCGACCUGCCCUCCCCCGCGCUGGAAGAUGGCAUGCUGCCCCGAGACCUUCCACGCAAAACCACCUUCUACGAUGCAGUCGCCGAGCGCCAGAUGACCCAGGCAGAUGCCAAGCUCUUCUACCAGCGAAGCCAGCUCGACAUUGUCAAGACCGACGGGAGCAGCUGGAGCCAGUCCCACGCCACCCCGCACGGAAGCCCUCUCCAUGUCGGCUUGACCACCGCAAGGCCAUCCAACGAUGGGGCCAGUGCUGGACGCCCGCCUGUACCGCCGCCCCCAGGAACGAGCACAAGCUCCGUGUCUCUGGCAUCGCCCGGACCCAGCUACAGCUUCCCGCAUAUCGCUGGGUCCGGCAUAAGACCUCGUGCCUCUGACACCGUCCCCCGCACCGCCACCCGCCCGUCGUUGGGCGGUUUCGGCGGCCCGGCACCUACCAGCCAUGCACACAGCUACCUGCUUUACGACCGGCCUGAGGUGGGCACGCAGCCUGACAUUGGACUCCCGGACAUGGCUCCCGGAGCAACCCCCGCCGACGGAUAUGCUGACAGCGACCCGCACAUCACGGCUGAGCUGAGCAACAUCUUCCAGAAUAUCCAGAAGAUACUCGAGAUUCGCCAUAGAUACAUUCGCUUGUCUUUGCAGCGGGACGGCGACAACCCAAAGGACGACCCUAGCUGGGAUAUAUACCCGUCACCCCCCGAGCCAGCUUGGGCCGGCCAGCCCACAGCCCACAAUACUCCAGGUCACAACACUGCUACCAACAGCCUGAGCAAUAGUCUUGUCCUGCCAGGCCCGGGCUCAGAUGCCGAGCCCAAAAAGUCGCCCAAAAAGCGCAAACCUGGCCAGAAUAUCGGCGAGGAUUUCGAAAUGGACAAUAUGUUACCCCUUCCACAGGCGAGCGAGUUCGCUUUCCGCCUUGACGACAGUGGAGUCUAUCAAGUAUACGAGAACGCAGCUUCGGACAAGGCCAACACGCCUGUCGUUGGUGUUCCCACAAUCAAGGAUUUCUAUCAGGACCUGGAGAAGAUACUGUCCAUCUCCUCGGACGGGCCGAGCAAGAGCUUUGCUUUUCGCCGGCUCCAGUAUCUCGAGGGUAAAUUUCACCUAUAUGCUCUUCUCAACGAAUACCAAGAGACAGCCGACACUAAGAAGGUGCCUCACCGAGACUUCUACAACGUGCGAAAGGUGGAUACACAUGUCCAUCACUCCGCGUGCAUGAAUCAGAAGCAUCUCCUCCGUUUCAUCAAGAGCAAGAUGAAGAAGUGCCCCGACGAGUUUGUGCUCUCCAGGGACGGCAAGGAUCUCACCCUGAGAGAGGUCUUCGAGAGUAUCAAUCUUACCGCGUAUGACUUGAGCAUCGAUACGCUAGAUAUGCAUGCACACACGGACUCGUUCCAUCGCUUUGACAAGUUCAAUCUCAAGUACAACCCCAUCGGAGAAUCACGACUCCGGACCAUCUUCUUAAAGACGGACAACCACAUUCAAGGCCGGUACCUGGCAGAAAUCACCAAGGAAGUGAUUUCUGAUCUUGAGUCUAGCAAGUAUCAGAUGGUGGAGUGGCGUAUUUCCAUUUACGGUAGGUCCCUUGACGAAUGGGAUAAACUUGCCGCCUGGGUAGUCGACAACAAACUGUUCUCACACAAUGUCCGUUGGCUCAUACAGGUCCCUCGUCUGUACGACGUCUUCAAGGCAAGCGGUUUGAUGGCGACGUUCGAGCAGGUGGUCAAGAAUGUCUUUCAGCCCCUUUUUGAGGUGACUAAGAAUCCCGAGAGUCAUCCGAAACUCCACAUCUUCCUGCAGAGGGUCAUUGGAUUCGACAGUGUAGAUGACGAGAGUAAGGUCGAGCGACGGCUGUUCAAGAAGUUCCCCGUGCCGAACGAGUGGACCUCGAAACAGAAUCCUCCCUACAGCUAUUGGAUUUACUAUCUAUUCGCCAACAUGAGUUCGCUCAACCACUGGCGCCGCCAGCGUGGUUUCAACACUUUCUUGCUGCGACCGCACUGCGGCGAAGCAGGCGAUAGUGAGCAUCUGGCUGUGGCACUGCUGUGCAGUCAUAGCAUCAGCCACGGGCUGCUUCUGCGCAAAGUGCCUCUGCUGCAAUACAUAUUCUACCUUGAGCAGAUUGGUAUUGCCAUGUCGCCACUGAGCAAUAACGCGCUCUUCCUCGCGUACGAGAGGAACCCGUUCUACCAGUACUUUAGGCGCGGGCUGAACGUAUCGCUUUCCACGGAUGACCCUCUUCAGUUUGCCUAUACCAAGGAGCCUCUGAUGGAGGAAUACGCGGUGGCGGCGCAAAUCUAUAAACUCAGCGCUGUGGAUAUGUGCGAGCUGGCCAAGAACUCGGUCAAGCAGAGCGGCUAUGAACAUGCGAUUAAGCAGCAAUGGUUAGGAGACAAGUUCAACCUGCCUGGUAAGCAAGGAAACAAGAUGAUCAAGACCAACAUACCAGAUCGUAGAGAGGAGUUCCGGCACCACACCUGGGUGGAGGAGCAUCGCAUGAUCUCCAGAUAUAGCUCGACGACCGAGCUGGACGAGGUGGUCGAACACCAUCCCGCGGCUGUCGCCCACGCAGGCGCGCCGGCCUCGCCCCUGAGGACGAAAGUGGCCAGCGGAACCGGCGGGGCCAAUGCUAGAACUCGUACUCCGACGAAUAUAGCCGACACGGAAAGCCCGUCGCACCUCGGUGCGCAUCCUGACGACUCGAGCAGCGCCCUUGCGGUGCCUGUGCCCGGAUCACCGCUCAACGCGACGCAGCGGGAUCCUUCGUGGCCAACCGAAGGCCUGCGGGAGCUACAUCUCUCGGGACACGAACCUCGAUAUCUGCCAGGAAUGAUGGAGAGAGCCUCGAGACGUGAUAGUAUGCGUCGCAGCUCCAUGCCCGACUGGGAUGAUGCAAUCUCUACUCGCAGCGCUCCUAGAAGGAGCGGUGGGAGAGAGGAACCUCCCGCAUAG